AAAAUGUAUAUUCGGCUUCUUCCCGCCGGAUCGAAAAGUUGUCGCCGCCUUUCUUCUCUCUCCCCCCUUCACCCGACUCCGCCUCCGCCUCUCCCUCUCUCUGCCUCGUCCCCACCGGGCUCCGGCCAACACAUACAUAUACUCCGCCUCCGUCGACCUCCUCCUCUUUUUUCCGGCGAUUUCUCCCUCAAGGAGCUCGGGCAUACUCUGGGUUGGGCCCUUUCUCUGGUAUGCUUUGUCGGGGCACGAGGUCUCUCUCUAUUUGCAGCUCUCUCUUAGCCCCGAUUGGGUCUUCCCCGAGAUAGGCCUGGCCUGGCCCCAACAAGGCUCAAUCUUGCUUUGUCGUGAUCGGAUUUGGAGCCGGCAUCUUUAGAUUAGUCGGGAACAAAGGCCGAAGCGGUUGCUCUUCAUGGUGGACAAAGAGCAUCGUAAUUGAACAAUCUCGUAACUGAACUAUGGAGGAAGCAAGGGGCAAGACGGCAUCGGUUUCUUGCUCUAAAACUGCCGCUGGAUCGCAAUCCGCAUCGAGACCCAAAUGGUAUCCUCGACGGUCCAUAAUCAAGCCUCCAUCCACCUCUUCGAACAAAUCCGUGUUCUUGCAUAAAUGGUGGCUGGUGAAGGUGAAUGGCAAGGAUUUAGCUGUUGGAGGCUUCACCCAGAGAGAUCACAGGGUUAGCCUUUUCCGCUCUGCAGCAAUUGUAAAGAGGCAUGACCAUACAACUCUCGAGACAGCGGAUGGCAUGACAGUUAUGUUGAGCGGCCUAAUUGACCGACUUCAUGCAAACGAAAAUGGAUUCCCAGAUGAGGUGUGCCACAGAUUCAUGUUGGGAUUUCCCUUAGAUUGGGAAAAGUACUCGUGGGAAGAUUCGUCCAGGACUUUUACAUCCGGUGAACACAAAUUGCAUUCAGGCGACUUCCUGAGUAAUGUCUCAUCAGUUUCUCUAGAUGAUGUCCCUGUGGCGAGGAUCCGAGAUCUCAUGUUUGGUCUUGGAGACAGUGAUAAUGAUUUGUUGACGAAGAACAUUUGCAACGAUAUGCUGAAAAAGCUCGGGAAGACUCCUCACUCUGAGCGAGAAAAAGCACCAGCUAACCAUGCGAUGAGUCCGAAAGAGAAGAGAGAAAUCAAGAAAGGCGCCGCAGAUGAAACCGGAGCCAAGUGCAAAUCUCAUAGAGUUGAGCGGACAGGCAAGAAUGAGGAAGAGGUACCAGGCACAGAAAAUGAAGGAAAAGUGGCACCGAGAAAUGACAAAAGAUCCAAGGCAGCUGCUGCUAUCAUCCCGAGCAGACGUGUUUCUACAAGAAGCAUGACUAGAUCAAGGAGGGGGGAAUAAAGUGUUUCUACAAGAAGCAUGGCUAGAUCAAUGAGGGGGAAGGAAGAGGACGAGAGUGAUUUGUUCCAGUUGUUACCGGAUAACUUCCGUUUCUGAAGCUCAUCGGCUGGAGGUCAUGACUUAGGACUUCUGCCUUUGUGGUAAAUGGUAAUGAUAAUAAACUAGAGUCUGGAGUAAGAUUUCAAGUGCUUCUCCUUUGCCAGAAUGGCAUCGCACCAUGAGCAGUUCAGCCCAAGCGCCUACAAUUGCCAUCAUCUAAGAUCACUAAUCCAAUCUCGACUAGUUGAGAUCGGCUCUGGAUGUGUUUGGGACUGACCUUGGUGGCAUUCGUGCCAGUUACCCAUUUUGUGCUGAGCCCAGGUCAAUCGGCUGGAAACCUAGGUGAGAAGAUCCGCUCGGGUCCAACAGCCUCUGCCAAUCCCGGAUGUGGACUAGGUAGUUCCAAUGCAAGUCAUAUCCACCAAUGCAAGCCAAAUCUAACCUCCAUCAACUGGGAUUGGUCUCGUGCACAAUUAUAAAAGGCCAUAUGAGAAUUAAGAACUACCAAUAAGAACCUACCGGCCACUGAAGACCAUGCAAUAAGAGAUGUCAACGCUGAAGAGGGAUGUUGGCUUGGACUACUACUACAAAGCUGUGUACUCCUUGUUAUUUUGCAUUCUAAUUUUAUUAAGUCAUGUUAUCUUGAAUGAAGUCAGAAAAAAAAUGGUUAAUUUCUA